UAAAAGGGAAGGGGUGGGAGAGUGAGAGAAGGCGCGUGGGAAAGAGGAGUAGUGGAGCCCAGCACCCAUGUGCCCUCCUCCUGUCUCCACCAGCUGCUGCCGCUCAAUCAUUAGAGGGCUGUUCCCCUCCUUCCUUCCUUGCUUUCUUGCCUCUUUCAUCAACGCUUUCAUUCAAACACACUCACUCACUGUAAUCUCAUCUUCUCAUUCUCAUUCCCACUCUCAGAAUCAAUACAAUAACACACACACAUAUGUCAACCUCUGACGGCACCACUAACGGCGUCUCUAACGCCUCAAUCAUUGACCCGCAACGCCAGCAGCCCCAGGCGUUGGCCGUCAAGAAGCCACCGUCCAAGGACCGCCACAGCAAGGUCGACGGACGCGGCCGCCGCAUACGAAUGCCCAUCAUCUGCGCCGCCAGAGUCUUCCAGCUAACGCGGGAGCUGGGUCACAAGUCAGACGGCCAGACCAUCGAGUGGCUCCUGCGCCAGGCCGAGCCUUCCAUCAUCGCCGCCACCGGUACAGGCACCACGCCCGCCAGCUUCUCCUCCGUCUCCCUCUCCGUACGCGCCGCCAACUCCGCGUCUCUCUCCUCGCCUUCCUCCGCCUCCGACCACAAGCCGCAGCUCCUCGCUCCCACGCCCUUCAUCCUCGGCAAGCGCAUACGCACCGACGAUGACACUUCCAAGGACGACGCUGUUUCCGUGGGCCCCUCCCUCGUGGGCCCCUCUACCCCGCCCGGACUGUGGGCCCUCCCUGCUCGCCCCGAUUUCGGACAAAUUUGGAGCUUCGCCGCCGCCCCAGAAAUGGUCGUGCAGCCCGCCGCCGUGUCGGUGUCGCAACAGCACGCCUCGCUCUUUGCUCAUCACCAACGUCAGCAGCAGCAGGCCAUCGGAGAAGCGUCGGCGGCUAGGGUGGGGAAUUACCUUCCGGGACAUCUGAAUUUACUGGCUUCGUUGUCCGGUGGACCUGGGAAUUCUGGUCGGAGGGAUGGCGAGCAUCGUUGAUUGAGUAACGGUGGUGGUGGAGGAAGGUGGACGGUGGAGGAAGGUGGUGGUGUUUUUUUGGUAUAUAUAUAUAUAUAAUCUCGUGUUGUGGCUGUUUGCUUUGUUGUGUGUGGUGAAGCAGGAGAUUCUUAGGGUUAGGUUUUUUUUUUCUUAGUUUUGAGUGGAGAAGUCCAUCGAUUAAGAAAUUAUUCAAUUAGGGUUUUUAUUUUAGUUCCUGCUUCUGGUUUGGAAAAUUAACUAGGUGCUAAGAAAGUUGGAUAAUUGUUUUAGAUUCUGGGGCUUUUGUUGGAGGAGAAUGUGAUGAAGUGAUAACAUACUGUGUGGAAUUGUGAUGCUUAAAUAUUGAAGCUUGUCGGUGUGGAAGUGCGGUUGAAUUUGUAAUGUUGAUGUGGUGGUAGAAGAAAAUUGUUGCUUCUGUUUCAGUUGCGUAGUGGGUUUUGAGUUUUGACUGACCUUGUAAUGUUGAUGUGGUGGUAGAAGAAAAUUGUUGCUUCUGUUUCAGUUGCGUAGUGGGUUUUGAGUUUUGACUGACCGGGGCUACAAGUUUGGUGGUGGUGGUUGCAGUUGAGGUAAUUCUUAGUGCUUGCAAGCUUGUUUCUGAGAUGAGUGGAUUGUGUUUCCCAAAUUCAACCGUCACUCCCAGAUUGUUGGAGCAUCCUGCUUUACAUUCCGACAGGGGUUGAGAAUGAGAAUUCAUGCCUCUUGGCUGGUCCUGGGGCAUGUUUUGAGGUUAGUUUAAGGUGGUGGUAAUGUUGUGAAAUUGGUGCAGCUGCUGGUGAGUUAUGCUCUGUCUCAAUCUCCUCUACUUUCACGCCCCUUGAUUGUCUUUGUUGUUUUCAGAGGUGACUGGUGUGUGAAAGAUAAAAGAAGAAGAGAAAAGCUCUGGUUGUACUCCGUAUGACUACUGUUUUGAGAUUUUUUUUAUCUUCAAUUCUUAGCCAUUUCUUAGAUUGAUCAGCGUGAGAAUAAUGUUUUCUUGUAUGUAAGUGGAUUGUUUUGGGGGUGCCAGUGAUGUGAAUAAAAGCCCAUCUGUUUCUUUCUUUA